AUGGCCCAAGACAAUCGCCGGAGAUCUCUUUAUUCUCAUGUUCUUGAACGAACUGCGAUUGUGAAUCCUCAAACGCUGCUGGAGUAUCUCCUUGCAUGCUACCCAAUCUUGCUCAUGCUGCUGUUCGUCGUGGUCUGUGUGAGCAGGAUGGUCGUCAAGAGCAAGACCGAGCAAAAAAGGUCACAGAACAAAGAUGGUCAGCUUCCCAGGCGGACCUGGAACCCGAUGGCUUCUGGUCAGACUAAGCCUUUCUCUGGCACCGUCAAACACUGCUUCAACUGGCUCUCUGCUGGUGUGCUUGUGACGUUCCUUGUUGAUGCCACGGUCUAUAUCACCCAUAUGUUAAUGGCCCGUUCCGAGUAUCGGUGGCGCGGACAGUCAGUAGUGAUUUAUAUCGUCGGCUCUAUUUUUGCCUACGCAGUUAUUCUUGUCAGCAUAGUCGAUACCACACCUUCCCCGACGGCCACUCAGCUCACAUGUUGGUCCUUCGCCAUUCUCGUCGAGCUCAUCAUUUUUACCACGACCCUCUCGCUUUACACCUCCGUCUAUCGUGAGCCAGUAGUCGGUAACCCCAGCGGAGGCCCGAUACGCCAAGGGAUCACCUUUUGGGAGUGCAUGGAACUGGUCCCCAACGGUGUCCGUAUCUUGAUUCUGAUCACUCUCGUUCUACUCUACUACACCAAGUCCGGUGCUCCUAUAGAUCAUGAUGAAAACUUAGAGGGAGAGCCAGAUCAUGCUACUGAGGCAACUGGAUUGCUGAAGUCUCCGCGCACAAAGGGCUGUGGUGGUAAAGGUCACGCCUAUGGUUCAACAGGCGGAGCUGCGAGACCCGCAGAGCCCAAACCACCAAGAUCCUGGGUCCGACCAGAAGAGUUGCCAUCCAUGAGCUUCUUCGAUUAUUUAGGUGGUUUCUCACGGUUCUUCCCUUACAUGUGGCCAUCCAAGUCCCCACGCUUGCAGGUUGUAGCUGUGGCUUGCUUCGUUCUUGUCAUACUUCAGCGAAUUGUCAAUGUGAUGACACCCGUUCAGGUUGGGGCGAUAACUACGGUUCUGGCGGACCAGCAAGCCGGAAACACAUUCUACACCCCAUGGUUCGAGAUAUGCAUGUAUGUUUUCUGCCUGUGGCUACAGGAAGUUCUGGGUUCUCUACGCACUGGCCUUUGGAUUCCGAUGGGCCAGUAUUCCUACCUGGAGCUUUCUGCUGCCGUUUUCGAACAUGUUCACAGCCUCAGUUUGGACUUUCACCUAGAAAAACAGACGGGUGAACUCCUAUCAGCUCUGAACAAAGGCAAAUCGGUCAAUUCAUUCCUAGAACAAGUCACCUUCCAGUUCGUUCCUACAUUAGCUGACCUGCUCAUCGCAAUUGGGUACUUUAUGGUUGCAUUUGAUGUCUACUAUGCUCUUGUGGUUGGGAUCUCGGCAUUUGUUUAUCUUUAUGUCACCAUUCGCAUGGCCCAGUGGAGUGCGAAGACCAGAAGACAGAUGGUCAAUGCCUCGAGACAUGAAGAUGCGGUGAAAAACGAUUCAAUGAUGUCGUAUGAAACGGUGAAAUAUUUCAAUGCGGAGCAACACGAGUUUGAGCGCUACCGCCGUGCUGUGUGCGAUUUCCAAACUACUGAGUACUACUCAUUCCUCUGCGGAGCCAUGAUGAGCACCAGUCAAAAAACUGUCUUGAUGACCUCUUUGUUGUUCACAUGCUUCAUCGCUGUAUACCAGGUUUCAACUCUCCAGCAGCCUGUGGGUCGAUUUGUGACAUUGUUGAUGUACAUGAACCAGCUCCAAGGCCCAUUGAGCUAUUUCGGUGCAUUCUAUGUUUCUAUACAGUCUGCUUUAAUCAAUGCAGAGCGCAUGUUGGAGCUUUUCAGAGAGCAGCCGACAGUCACUGAUAGCCCUUGUGCUACCCCACUGGCAACUUGUCAGGGAAUGAUCGAGUUUCAGGAUGUUGGCUUCUCGUAUGAUGCACGCAAGCCUGUAUUGAAUGGUCUUUCGUUUAGUUGUCAACCUGGGUCCACUACGGCCCUGGUUGGAGAGUCUGGUGGGGGCAAAUCCACGGUUUUCCGUCUCCUCUUCCGAUACUACAACCCUAAGAAAGGCAAAAUUCUCGUCGACGGACAUGACGUGCAGAAUAUUGCUAUCGAUUCUCUUCGAAGACAUGUCGGUGUUGUGCCGCAGGAUACGAUGCUUUUCAACGAAACUCUGAUGUACAACCUCAAGUACGCGAAACCCGAUGCCUGUGAUGAAGACGUCCGCCGGGCCUGUCGCAUGGCCGAUAUUCAUACCAAGAUCGAGAGCUUCCCAGAUGGCUACAAUACCAAAGUUGGAGAGCGUGGACUACGCCUUAGCGGCGGUGAGAAACAGCGUGUGGCCAUAGCUCGUACUAUUCUCAAAAAUCCUCAAAUCAUACUGCUGGAUGAAGCUACUUCCGCGCUCGACACUCAAACGGAAGAACAUGUUCAGCAAUCCCUAUCAGCUCUCUCCAAUGGCCGAACUACGCUCGUCAUUGCCCAUCGACUAAGUACCAUCAAGUCAGCAGAUCGCAUCUUGUUUUUAGAAAACGGCCGGGUGGCAGAGAGUGGCUCCCAUGAGCAGCUGGUGAAUAUGGAAGGCCGUUAUGCCCGCAUGUGGCAGAAGCAAAAUGGCGAGGACAAAUCUUAA